AUGGCUGGCGUGACCACUACUCGUGUCCGAGACUUCAUCGGCUACGGUGAAAGCCCACCAAAUUUUUCGUGGCCGGGAGGCAAAAAGGUCGCCAUCAACUUUGCCAUCAACUAUGAAGAAGGCACGGAGCGUAACCCCUUGCUGGGUGACAGCUCCCGCGACUCGCGCACCUGGGUGAGGAGCGCUCUCCCUGAUAGCGAGCGCGACCUCAAGCAGGAGGGCGAGUACGAGUACGGCACGCGAGUCAGCAUAUGGCGUUUGCUGCGCCUCUUCAAGGAGUUCAACGCUCCUUUUAGCGUAUUUCUCUCAUCCGAAGCUCCCACCGUCAAUCCGGCCCUGGCAGAGAGGCUCAAGACCGACGACUGCGACGUCAUCUCCCACGGCACCCGUUCCAUCAGCCGUAUCGGCCUGACAGGGGAGAUGGAGAGAGACGACUUGAGGCGUUCCAUUGACCAGACCCUAGAGCUCACGGGCAAGCAUAUCCUCGGUGCUUUUCCUCGGCCGCCCAUCACCGACAACAGCCGCCGCGUCAUGGCCGAGGAAGGUCUCCUCUACGACUCGGCCACCACCAAUGACGACCGCCCUUACUUUGCGGAUGUUUCUGGCCGGCCGAUGCUUGUUCUUCCCUACGCCGUCGACACCAACGAUGCUCGCCUCUGGGGCGGCCAGUCCGGUCCCGGCUACACUGGCUCCACCGACUUCUUCGACUACCUCAAAGACGCCUUUGACAUCUUGUAUCGCGAGUCUGACGAGAGCGGGACGGUCAUGUCGAUUGGCCUGCACGCUCGUAUCAUGCGGCCUGGACGGGUGGCUUUCAUAUUGCGCUUCCUCGAAUACGUGAGCAAGUUUGAGGGUGCGUGGAUUGCGAAGCGUAACGACAUAGCGGCUCAUUUCGCAGGAUUGUUUGCUCCGGACAACAUGUGGAAUCUUGACAAGGUGUCCCUUAUCAAGUAG